AUGGCUAGAGUGAGAUUUACCGUGGGAGCUGUGGUGGUCCUGAUGCUGGCUACUGCAGCAGAAGCUGGCUUCCACCCUAUUUCCUCAAGCGUGGAGUUUCCCCAGGCUGUGGCCCUAGACCGGACCCUUGUAGACAUCCCUCAUCGUCUUCUCUGCCACGAGCUGUGUCUUAAAGACGCCUCCUGCGCCUCCUUCCAGUACAACCUGACGUCUGGGUCCUGCCGGGUGAGCAGCUCGCCGGACGCACUGGAGGACAAGCCCAGGGAUGAGGAGGACGACUCGCUGCACGGCCUGCAGGUCGCCAGUCUCAUGCCCAUGGCCGACUACGAGGAGUCGUCCUGCUUCUCUGAGCCCGAGUCGUGCGUGAACGGCCACGUGUGCGGGGACUCGUGCGACCACGACGGUAGCAUGGACUGCACCUGCCGGUCGGAGUCCUGGGACAGGCAGGAGUGCAAACCUGUCGAGCUGGGUACCUGGGAAGACUGGGGUCCGUGGGGAGACUGUUCUGUGAGCUGUGGAGGCGGGAUCAAGAGGCGCAUGCGCGCUUGCCGUGAUGAGUAUGACGGGAAGACGUGUGUCGGACGGGACACUGACGUCAAACUGUGCGGGAAACAGAACUGUCCAGAGUGGGGAGAGUGGGGGAGCUGGACCAAGUGUUCCCGGUGUGCUGGGUUCCGUACCCGGUCCCGCACCUGUCCUGUUCCCGCCAACUGUGAAGGCAAGGCCGAGCAGAGAAGCGCCUGCUCGAAGAGCAAGGAGUGUUCUACUCAUGUCCGACUGCAGAGAGGGCUGUUCGUGACAGACGGGUGGGUGGAGGUUUGGGACCAGCUGAACGGCUACUGGAGGCCGCUGUGUGGGGAGUGGAACCAACAGAACGGAAGGGUAGCCUGUCGUAAUCUCGGCUUCCAAGAUGCAGAGCAUGAAACACCUCCUGGCGUCAUGAGUCUCGGCUGCUUUAACGACGCGCCAGCGGACGGGAGCCUGGGAGGAGACUACAGCAGUGUGGACGGGCCCACCAUGACGUCAUCGUCUCCCGCAGACUGUCUGGACUUCUGUCACGUGCGGGGGUACAACUAUGCCGCUAUCCGGAGCGGUUCCGUAUGUCAGUGCGGGCGCGGCUACGCCAGGACGGAGCAGGUGAACUCCACUCGCUGCAGCGCGCCUUGUGCUGACGACCCGGGCAGAACGUGCGGCAACCCGCAGUCCGAACAGCUCAACGACGUCUACACAUACUCCCUACACGGCAACAUCAUGUACCUCCCCAUGGACGAGAAGCGAGACAAGAACCAGGAGUUUGUCGGUAACCCGCCGGCGUUCGGACACAACGGCGCCGGGCUCACGGACGGAAUCGUGGGCAAGGCGCUGACUCUCAACGGGAACGUCCAGUACCUCAAGACUCUGCCGUUAGACGGGACCUGUCUGGGCAGCACUGUGAACUGUGAACAGGGUUUCAGUAUCGGGAUGUGGAUUAAGCUGAUGUCGGAACCGUCGUCUGACCGGUACUUCCUGUCCAGCGGAGGGCACUUCCCCAAGUCCUUCGGACUCAACUUCUACUACGACGUUCCGGACGGACCGGGCUUCUGGAUCACAUAUGUGGAGGAAUGGUGCACGACUCACUUCGAACUGCCCAUUAACGUGUGGAUGUACCUGGUCCUGUCCUGGAAGCCUUCCUGUGACAUCAGCAUCCACAUGAACAGCACCAUGAUCAAGUUCACGUCCACUCCCAAACGGAUGAGACCAAUGCAGAAGGACGAGUACACCAGCCUGGCGAUCGGAGCGCCCAACACCCUGAGUGACGUAGCCGGCAUCACGGGAGACUUUCUUCUGGACGAGGUUCGCUUCUGGGACAGGAAACUGACGGGGAAGGAGAUUUACGAAGUCAUGAUGCACGACCUGCGGAUGUCAGGUGACCACUACCACCCUCCGCCGGGGUCAAAGGUCAUGAAGGGCAAGUACAAGUGCACCGGAGAGGAGCCGCUACUGGGCAUGUGCGAACACGAGGAGGACCCCUCAUUGGCUGACGAGCUGUGUGACGCAAGCAACCUGGCCUUCGUGCGCUGUGUCCCCAACGGCUGGUGGGACGAGUGGUCGCCGUGGAAGGCGUGUGAGAACGGCCGGCAGAGCCGUACCCGGACCUGCUACACCCCGUCCCCGCUCUACACCAACAACUGCACCGACAGCCCCGGGCCGAGCGAGCAGAUCAGGGCCUGCCAGGAUGAAGAAAAGGACGAACCGAACUAA